CAAAGGACUCCACCAACAAUCUAUAUAAUUAUCAUCAUCUGCUGCUUUUCCUCCCUGGCAAAGAAACACUCCAUCCAUUUGUAGCAAUCGCCCGAGGGAACGUUACAUCAAAACUAAUCAUAACGAUUAAAAUCAGCUUCUCUGCGAGAGGGAGGCAAAAGGCAAGUUAGAGGCAGGAGGAGUGAGGGUGUUGUAAAUGCAGAAAAAAAAAGCUUUCUUUAUUUGAUUUUAUAAAAACAUAAACUCAACAAAGACUGAGGCACUGCUGCUGUGAUCUCUUCCUUUGCUCGGAGUUUUAUUCUGCAGAUUGGUUUAGACUGGGGCAGAGACAUGAGCUAAUUGUAUCCUGAUCUUUGCCUUGAGGGGUUUCGGAGCCCUGGAGCAAGUAUUCUCUGUAUUUUGUUCUGUCUACCUUAGCCAAGCUAUUGCAUUUCUCACUGGUGUAGGAAGAGAAGCAGAUCGCGGGCCAAAUCGGAGGGAAAAGGUGCAUAAAAAGAUACUUUAUGCCUCUCUAUGUUUCAGGCCCCUUUGCCUUCUGCGAGGGAUUCUGGAGUUGAAUUUUAAAACUAUGUAUGGCUGCUGCCUGUGCUUAUCAGCGCGUGCACAAGCUGCAUGCAAAUCAGACCGGGAUCACACACCGCAUUGGAGGCCUACACUCAAAGGCAAGCUUAAUUGCUAAUUGGGUAUCUAGGUGUGAAACUCACACUGCCAAUGAGGAACAGGAAUAUGGAUGUUUUAAGGCCAGUGGUUGAACUAAUUAAUUUUAAUCUGAAUGUUAUUAAAAUUUGUGGAUUCCCUGCAUUUUCUAUGAAAAAAAAGCCCAGCAGAGUGCUGUGGCAGUACUUUUAACAGCAAUUGGACGUGUUGUGGUCUGGUUUUAUACUCCAUGCAGUCAUUAGUGUGGUGGUUUUGCAAUGCCGAUGCGGUCAGCGGAGGUGGUGUUAACACUCUGCAGCCAUCAUAUAGUACCUCUGAUAUUUGUCAGGAGUAUAGCCAGUGAGGAGCUGCUCAAGAGGACGUUAGUCAGUUAGUGUUUUUGUCCUCCCUGAGUGGAAGACUGUUGUUUCAGAGGGAUGCAAUGUGGUACUUGAGUUGUGAUGUUUCACUUAAAGGGCACUUAAGUCAUUAUUAACAUGUACAAAUGAUGAAAAGAGCACAUCGACACUGCAUCUGGGCAAGUGAAAAUACCAUCACAUUGGUUGUGUUUGUGUGACUGGAAAGAUCAUCAUCAGUCAGGUGCUUAUGGGUGAUGUGUGUAUUUGUGGGUGGAGGAUGUUAAAGGGCCAUUUUUGUCCAGGUGGUGGAGUGGGCUGGUCACCGUUUGUGGGGUUCUUUCACUCUGCUUUGGACUUUGUGGGUCUGUGAGGGUUUGAACAGCUGAUCAAAGGUGCUGCUGAACAAUGGGGAGCGACAUCAGGAGGAGCGUGACCGCGCGCAGGAACACUGCUCCAAAAAGGGCAAAGGCCAGCUGCGACAGGUCCAGAUGUGCGCGGUGACUGGCACGACCAGACGAUCAUUUUUUUUUUGUUAGGCACGUUUGUUUUAUGAAAAUGCGACACACAUACCUGCCACUGAAACAGCGACAGCCCAAAAGAGCCGCAGGCGCUACAAUGCUAAUGUUGUCGGGGGCUUUGACUUCUCCCAGCCAUUGCAAGGAAGCUGCUCCGUGUGACAGCCACGGCGCUGCUCUUCCCCCGGUGUUCGCUACUCCGCUUUUCACGCCUCUCCACAUUUGGCACCAGCGUGCUAGGAAAAAAAGCCCAACGCGUCCUAUAUCUGUUAGCUUUUAAGUCUGCGUUAUAAUGGACGAAACGGACAUCAUGGACUUAACGCAUCAGAAAGCGAGAAAGCGACCGCGUCCAAUCAGUUCCGUGGAUGAGUCCGUGCAUGCCUCCCUCAAACGGCUCCCGAUGCGAGCGGCGGAGUGCAGGGAGCCCUCGCUGAUGUUCGCAGUCAGAGGAGAGCCCGUUCCCGCAGCGUCUCUCAAGCAAAAUGACCAUUCGGUGACUUCUUCUCCAACCACAGUGAUGCCGGCGCAGGAUAAUCGCUCCAGCAUGUCCAGGCCUAUGAUCACACGAUCACCGGUAUCCCCCUUGAGUAACCAGGGCAUCCCAACACCUGCGCAGCUCACCAAGUCCAAUGCCCCUGUGCACAUUGAUGUGGGCGGACACAUGUACACCAGCAGUCUGGCCACCUUAACAAAAUUCCCAGAAUCUCGAAUUGGUCGUCUCUUUGAUGGCACAGAGCCUAUAGUCCUAGACAGCCUGAAGCAGCACUACUUCAUUGACAGGGAUGGACACAUGUUCCGCUACAUCCUCAACUUCCUCAGGACGUCCAAGCUCCUCAUCCCAGACGACUUCAAAGACUACAGUCUGCUGUACGAGGAGGCACGAUACUUCCAGCUGCAGCCAAUGCUUGCUGAGCUGGAGCGCUGGCGCCAGGACCAGGAGCUGGGCCGAGUGUCGCGCCCCUGCGAGUGUUUGGUGGUGCGUGUGGCUCCUGACCUGGGUGAGAGGAUCACGCUCAGCGGCGACAAGGCACUGAUUGAAGACGUGUUUCCGGAAAUCGGUGAUGUCAUGUGCAACUCUGUCAAUGCUGGCUGGAACCAUGACUCCACACACGUCAUCCGCUUCCCACUUAAUGGUUACUGCCACCUCAACUCUGUCCAGGUCCUAGAGCGUCUGCAACAGCGUGGCUUUGAGAUCGCCGGCUCCUGCGGCGGAGGCGUGGACUCAUCCCAAUUCAGCGAGUACGUCCUGAGGAGGGAACUGAGGAGGACGAGUCAGCGAGGAUCCAAUUCAAACAGGAUAAAGCAGGAGCAGCUGGACUAGAAACCUCCCAAGCAGUAGGAGGUGCUAGACUUUUCUGUGGCAGCCAAAUGCUCGAUGCUGCAGAGCUCUGUGGACUCUGUUUUUCUUCAUUUCCUUGUUGAUGUUUUUGUUUUCUGAAACUUGAGAACCAUCUAGAGAAUAAAAAUGAGGUGCAACAGGAGAUUUUUUGCCAUAAGAAGAUACAAGACAUUUGAUAAGUUUGAGAUUGCAAAGACAUUUGUGAUUGUCUCGCCCCCAUAAGCCAAUUUUAAAAGGAUUUAUAUAUGCUGGAUCCCCAAACAAAGUUUGUUUUAAAACUUAGAGCCUACAUUAGGUUGAAUAUGAUUUCUAUUAUACCCAUAUAAAUUAAAAAGUCUUUUGUUGCUGAUGUACAACGUAGUAUGUUGCAUAUAGCUCGUCACCAGUGACUUGAUUUUGUUAACUCACUGGCAAAUUGGCCAAGUUGUUUUUAAUCCCUUGCUGUAAAAAGGUCACUAAUGUGUUGCUUACAGGACAGAAUGUCUCAGUUGUCAUAAACAGUUAGUUUCAACAAAGCAUCUUGUUUCACAAGUAAACAUAAUGUUGAACAUUGUGAUACCAAUGAAGUGUUGAUUUUUUUGUUUGUUUGUUUGUUUUUUUUUCUCACUGUAAUGGAAGUUAUUUUAUCGGAUUAUGCCAUAAAAUAUAGUUGACAUUAGCAUCACCGAAAUUAAACAUCAGAGACCAUUCUAUACGCAGAAAAGAAAAUAAUUUAGUAAAUUAUUAAGUCACACCAUUUGCCUCUUUGGGGAGUAUGAACUACUAACCCCCAUGUGCUACCUUGGGAAUUAAUAAAUUGGAUGAUAAUAUUCCUCUGAGUCAUGACCUGUAAAUUUUAUCAUUGUAUAUGUGUUUGUGUUUUCUUUUUUACAUCAAAUCUUUUUAAGCAAAUUUGUUGCCUCAGACAUGACUGAACAGAUUAAAGCUUAUUGUACUACCCACUCCAAGAUCAUUUUUACUUGUAGCACAUAUUGAUAUGAAGUUGGAUAUAAAGUAUUUCUAAGAUGACUGACCCACCUACGCUCCCUAGAUUUGCGUAAAGAGGAAUGUAGCAAAAAAAAUGUGAAAUAAAUCUCAACUAAAGUUG